AUGCGCCAGGUACCUGCCCCGGGGCGCUUGUUCCAAUGGGAAGUGAGCGCGAACCGCACCUCAACCUGCCCGGUGACGUCACGACGCUGGGGCGAACGCUGGGCCAAUAGGAGGCCGUCACGGGCAGGGGGCGGGGCCCAAGGAGUUGGGGCUGGGCUGCAUCGAGACAGUUGGCGGAGUCCUCGGCGCCCGGGUGUGCAGGACACGAGGGCCGCGCUGCGGAGGUGGCUCCAGGUCGAGGCUUCCAGUCGCCGGCACUUCCUCCUGCCGUGCCCGUGCGCGGCCGUCUCGGCGGGCGGGAUGGCGGCGGCCCGUGGGAGCAGUAGCGCAUCCGCGCCGCCGCCGCUGCUGCUCCUGCUGGUUCUGCUGCUCUGGGCCCCGGGCGGCGUGCGGGCGGCCCUCGAUGAGGAGCUGAGCCACAAGAACAAGGAGUCCGCAGUCCCUGCUCAGCAGGGCCUUGAGCCGGCUCGGGCCGAGAAAGGAAUCACACCAGCAGCUCCAGUUCACACAAAUAAUGAAGAUUCAGCCACCUCCACAGAUCUGGGAUUUGUCCAUGCAUUUGUGGCUGCUAUAUCAGUGAUCAUUGUUUCUGAGUUGGGGGACAAGACGUUCUUCAUCGCCGCCAUCAUGGCCAUGCGGUAUAACCGGCUGACAGUGUUGGCAGGGGCCAUGCUUGCCUUAGGCCUAAUGACGUGUUUAUCAGUGUUAUUUGGCUAUGCCACCACAGUCAUCCCCAGGGUGUAUACGUACUAUGUUUCAACUGCCCUGUUUGCCAUUUUUGGGAUUAGAAUGCUUCGGGAAGGCUUAAAGAUGAGUCCGGAUGAGGGUCAAGAGGAACUAGAAGAAGUCCAAGCAGAAAUAAAGAAGAAAGAUGAAGAACUUCAGCGAACUAAACUCUUAAAUGGACCAGGAGAUGUUGAGACUGGUACAAACACCACAAUACCUCAGAAAAGGUGGCAGAAUUUUAUUUCACCCAUCUUCGUUCAAGCUCUUACAUUAACAUUCUUAGCAGAGUGGGGUGAUCGCUCUCAACUAACUACAAUCGUCUUGGCAGCAAGAGAGGAUCCCUAUGGUGUAGCAGUGGGAGGAACAGUGGGACACUGCUUAUGCACCGGCUUGGCAGUCAUUGGAGGAAGAAUGAUAGCCCAAAAAAUCUCCGUCAGAACUGUGACAAUCAUAGGAGGCCUCGUGUUUUUGGCGUUUGCAUUUUCUGCACUAUUUAUAAGUCCUGAUUCUGGUUUUUAA